AUGGCUACCUCCCGAGAUCACCGCGCGGCUGCCGCAGACUUUCGGCAGUACAUCAAAGAGCUUCAAGACGAGGACGAUCUUCUGACGAUCACCGAAGAGGUCGACCCUCACCUGGAACUCGCUGCAAUCGUUCGCAGGGUCUAUGAGUCCGAAGAAAAGGCACCUUUGUUCGAGAACAUCAAUGGUCGAAAGGAAAAUGGCCUAUUCCGUGUACUAGGAGCGCCAGUCGGGUUGAGUCCAGUUCCCGGACAGAGACUUGGCCGUAUCGCAAAAUCUCUUGGGUUGCCGUCAACAGCAACAGGCUGGGACAUCAUAGAGAGGAUCAACGCGGCCAAGAAAAGCCCGCCGAUUCCUCCUAAAGAGGUCCUCUCAGGCCCGAUCAAGGAACACAGAAUCUUUGGAGACGAGAUUGACUUGACUGCGCUUCCGGUGCCUCUGCUGCAUGAAGAUGAUGGAGGAAAAUAUCUCGAAACCUUUGGCAUGCAUAUAGUCCAGACGCCAGAUGGACGAUGGACGAACUGGUCGAUUACUCGAGCCAUGGUGCAUGAUAAAAGGACACUCGUCGGGCCCAUCAUCCCCAAGCAGGACAUCGGGGUUAUAUGGCAGAUGUGGAAAGAGAGAGGCGAGGACAUGCCAUGGGCAUUAUGUUUUGGUGUGCCCCCCGCCGCAAUCAUGGUGGGAGGCAUGCCGAUUCCACAAUGGACUGACGAAUCUGCCUUUAUUGGUUCCCUAACUGGAAGUCCCGUUGAAGUGGUGAAAUGCGAUACGAAUGAGCUCCGGGUCCCGGCGAAUGCGGAAAUCGUGCUAGAGGGCGUGGUGUCUACCUCUGAAACCGCACCGGAGGGGCCAAUGUCUGAAUACCAUGGCCUUGUUUUUCCUGGACAGUCGAGGCAGUGUCCGCUUUUUAAAGUGAAUGCCAUUACUCACCGUGAGAAUCCUAUCUUGCCGAUCUGUGUUGCAGGACGGGCUACGGAAGAGAACCACACACUCUGGGGAGUGAUGGUAGCCGCCGAGGUUCUCAACAUUUGUCAAGCGGCCGAGCUUCCCAUCAAGAUGGCUUGGUGCCCAUUUGAGUCUCACGGACUGUGGUGGGUUGUUCAGGCGGAUCGCCAGAAGAUGCGAGCAUUAGAAACAAACAUUGCAGACUUCAGCACAAAAUUGGGCCAUGUGGUGUUUGGCUCGAAACCUGGAUGGUAUAUUCCGAAGUUAUACCUCGUUGGAGAUGAUAUUGAUCCUACAAAUCUUCGAGAUGUCAUCUGGGCCGAAGCUACACGCUGCCAGCCAGGCACAAACGAAUUUCUCUUCGAUGAGUAUGGGAACAUGACUUUGAUUCCCUAUGUGGGCUACGGUACCAAGCCAGAGCGCCACCACAAGAAGGUUGUUAGAUGUUGUAUGCUCCCCUGUGAAUUUGUGGAUGAGCAUCUUCCGUGGAAGGCAGGCUCUUUCCAAGGCUCAUAUCCGGUUGAUGUACAAAAGAAGGUGAUCCGUGACUGGGGAAAAUAUGGGUAUAGUCGGGCGUGA